AUGAAGACAACCAUUAUUCUUGGUGGACAUGAAUUGACAAAAAGUUUUAAAUUAUUUUCAAGGCGCAUCUCCAAAUUGAUCUCAGGCGAUGAUGUUCGCGAUGAUGAUGAUGAUGAUGAUGAAACUGAGUCGCAACAUUAUCAACAAUUACUUAAAAGCAUAAAAUUAAUCAAUACAUGUUUUAAUAUUAGUUCCAAGGCACCAGCCAUCAUCGGCGAGUGCGGCUUUGAUUGUAUUGUCGAGCGGGUUCCUGAUGAUGAAAUUAUUGUGAUUAUACAACAUGUAAAAAAUUUGCACAAAUGGGAUAUUAUAACUGGAGUUAUGGUUAUAAGACUUUCAAAUGAAAAUUCUUCGUUUGCUGUUGAUCAAACUAUUACGACAACUUCGCAUAUCAACUGGUUCGAAACUUUUUACUUCGUGCAGAGUUGA